AUGAUGGAAACAUUUCCCUGGCGAUGUCUCUGGGGCGACUCCUCCGUCGAGCCUCUUCGAAAGCGUCCGACCUCCUGACCCUGACUGCCGGCGGCGGCGGCUCCUCCUCCGUGCUCGAUGGGGAGAUCAUCUACUCCAAGAACAAUGUCUGUGUCCACCCCCCUGAGCUGCUGCAGGGCAUCGGGGAGCACCAUCCAGGCUAUCUGUGCUUGUACAUGGAGAAGGACGAGCUGCUGGGAACCACGCUGAUCCUGGCCUGGGUGCCCAACUCCCGCAUCCAGCGGCAGGAUGAGGAAGCCCUGCGCUACGUCACCCCCGAGAGCUCGCCCGUGCGCAAAGCGCCCCGAAAGCGCGGCCACCACACCCAGGCCCUCGGUGUCGGCCGGCCCCUGUCCCCCCCGGAGCAGAGAGGGCCGCUGGGCCUCAGGGGGGACGAGACCCUCUCGGUGUCCCAGCUCGUGAGGGACGGGGGCCCCUCCUCGGAAGGGGAGAAGCUGUCGCAGAGCGGCGCCCGCCGGUCCCCGCAGCCGCCCCGCAGCGACUCGGGGACCCUGUCCACGGUCAGCUCCCAGGAGGAGCACAACAGGUCGGAGGGCACGGAGGAGGGCCUGGACUGCAGGGAGGACGAGGGCUCCUUGGAGCUGUCUGCUGACGAUGUGAGCAGGGACAGCACUUUGGACUCUGAUUCUGAUGCCUUCUCUUCCCCCUUCUGCCUCUCUCCCAUCAGUGAAGCCCUGGGGAAAAGCAGCAGCUCCGUGUUCAUGGACAGUGAAAGCAGGGACACGUGUGACAAUCGCAUGACCUGCUCCACCAGCUCUGCCUCCAGCCUGGACACCAGUGCCCAGUUCCAGGAGAACAAUGGGCAAACGCAGAGCACCAGAUGGGAUGAACAGCAGAAGGUGUUUGCCCUCGAGCAGGUGUGUGGUGUCUUCAGAGUAGACCUGGGACAAAUGAGAUCCCUUCGCCUUUUCUUCAGUGAUGAGGCGUGUACCUGUGGGCAGCUGGUGGUGGCGAGCAGGGAGAGCCAGUACAAGAUCUUCCAUUUUCACCACGGUGGCCUGGAUAAACUGUCGGAGGUGUUUCAGCAAUGGAAGUACUGCACAGAGACCCAUCUCAAGGACCAGCAGCUUGCAGAUGAGAAAACCUGCAUGCAGUUCUCCAUCCGCCGCCCCAAGCUGCCCUCCUCGGAGACCCACCCCGAGGAGAACUCCCACCGGCGCCUGGACGUGUCGGCCUGGCUGCAGCACCUCAACGAGGCCGGCCAGGUGGAGGAGGAGUACAGGCUGAGGAAGGCCAUUUUCUUUGGUGGGAUUGAUAUUUCCAUCCGUGGGGAGGUGUGGCCCUUUUUGCUCCACUACUACAGCUACGAGUCCACCUCUGAAGAGAGAGAGGCACUGAGGCUGCAGAAGAGGAAAGAAUACUUUGAGAUCCAGGAAAAAAGGCUGUCCAUGACUCCAGAUGAGCAGAAGGAUUUCUGGCGCCAGGUGCAGUUCACGGUGGACAAGGAUGUCGUGAGGACCGACCGCAGCAACCAGUUCUUCCGAGGGGAGGACAACCCAAACGUGGAGACCAUGAGGAGGAUCUUGCUGAACUAUGCAGUGUUUAACCCAGCCAUUGGAUACUCCCAGGGCAUGUCUGACCUGGUUGCCCCACUCCUGGCAGAGGUCCUGGAUGAGUCGGAUACUUUCUGGUGCUUUGUUGGGUUGAUGCAAAACACAAUCUUCAUCAGCUCCCCCCGGGAUGAGGACAUGGAGAAGCAGCUGCUGUACCUGCGCGAGCUGCUGCGGCUGAUGCACCCCCGCUUCCACCAGCACCUGUGUGCCCUGGGAGAGGACGGGCUGCAGAUGCUCUUCUGCCACCGCUGGAUCCUGCUCUGCUUCAAGCGCGAGUUCCCGGAGGCCGAGGCGCUGCGCAUGUGGGAAGCGUGCUGGGCUCACUACCAGACAGACUAUUUCCACCUCUUCAUCUGCGUGGCCAUCGUGGUGAUUUAUGGGGACGACGUCAUCGAGCAGCAGCUGGCCACUGACCAGAUGCUGCUGCAUUUCGGCAACCUGGCCAUGCACAUGAACGGGGAGCUCGUACUCAGGAAGGCCAGGAGUCUACUCUAUCAGUUCCACCUGCUGCCCCGCAUCCCCUGCAGCCUGCACGACCUCUGCAAGCUGUGUGGGACAGGCAUGUGGGACAGCGGCUUCAUCCCCGCUGUGGAGUGCUCUGGCCACCACCCCGAGUCCGAGAGCUGCCCGUACGGGGGCCUGGUGGAAGUGUCUUCUCCUAAACCAGGAAGUGAAGGCAAGAAAGGCCUGAAAACACGGGAUGUCUUUGCCUUCCGAAAAUAGCUGCGAGGAACAGGGUGCGACGGCGGAAGGGAAGGGCAGGAAGGAUGUGCAUAGGAAAAAAUGUCAAAGAAAGAAAUGGAGGAAUAGUUUGUCAAGACUCCUGAGAAGACUGGAAGGUGUGGAAUGGAAGAGGAAUUAAAUUGCUCUGUAGGGGAAGUUCCGUUGCAUGGGUGAUGGAACCUGAGAGAAAGGCACUGACCCAGGAACUCUGGUUGGAUUUGAUUUUGUUAGAAACAAGCUUUUCUAGGUUUUAACAGGGACUUUUUAUUCUGCCUCUGGGACUGGACUGGUUAGAAACCAGAACUUUCUUAGUUGCUGGUGAGAAACAAGAACACUCCAGGGAGCCAAGGCUGCCCAGAAGUGUUGGUGGGCAGGUGGCAGGAGCAGGGCUAAGGCCACUGUCCCCUCACCCAGAGCACACCUCUCUGCUUCAACCAAAACAUGCAGCUUUGUGGCUUCUUUUUAAAGCCAUAAAAGCCAUUUUAAUUAUAAUCUGCCAAAAAUAAAACUGCAGACAAUUGGGAUUGCAGGGCAGGUAUCUGCUUUGUCAGCAAGGAA